AUGAGUGAAGACGAAACCUCGCAAAAACCAAACAAAGAUCAACGAAUCGAUAUCAAAGCACACAAUGGUAAAAAAGUAACAAAAUUUCUGCUAUCACCAAAUAAUAAAUACGCAGCGACAUGGAGCGAAGAAGAUAAAUCAAUUUGUGGGUGGCGACUUGACAAAUAUCAACCUAAUGUGGAGACAAAUCAAGACCAAUUCACUACUUCUCAACCACCAACUGCUCAACCAUUCAAAUUUGAUUGCUCAAUGGACUCAAUAGAUGUUAAAGAAUUCAAAGAAUUUCACGAUACAUCGACAGAAUUAAGCGCAGUUUCGAAUAAUAAACUUGUCGCAAUAAAGAAUUUUUUAUCGCCCAACUCUCUAGCUGUCUUUAAUCUUACCACCAAGAAGAGAAUAAAUAUGAAAAUACAUCGGGAAAAUAUUAUAAAGUAUUAUUUUAUCGACUGUAAAUUUUGUAAUAAUGGGAAUUUUGUAACAAGUACAAAAAUUGCAAUAGGUCGCGAUAAAAUAACAUUUAGACCAUAUUACUGGAAUUAUAAAAUUAUUAAAUUUUUAUUUAAAAAUUUACAUAAUGAAAACUGGAGAACUGAUUAUUUGAUUGACUGUGGAACAUCCGAAGAUAUUCAAACGUGUCAUAUAACUGACAAAGAAAAGAUUAUACUCAUUGAUAACUGCAAUUCGUUAACACAAUUUAGCUUAAAUACAUUUUCAUUCGAAAACCAAUAUCAAUUAAGAUGGGGUAUCUGCGUGAAAAAGUACAUUUUUAAUAAAAACCUUACAUUACUUGCGGUAUAUUCGGAAAUGGCUCACUCAGAAAUGGAAACAUUAGUAAUUAUUUCCGUUUAUUUAACAGAAAAUGCGAUGCUUUUAUCAGAAUGCGAAUGUAAAAAGGACAAAAAUAAAAACAAAACCUUAUUGGAUUUAAAAUUUAUUUCUUUCGACGAAGGAGAACGAUUGCUGUUAUUUUUUGAUGAUGAUUAUCUUGAAAUAAGAGACCCUUACAAACUCAAGUAUGUUAAGAAUGAUAAAACCGUUUCAAGUCUAUUUGAAGAACUUUCCAAAUUAAAUGAAACAACUCUAAUAGAAUUAAAUAUGAACAAAGCAGAAUUUGAAACAUUGAUUGAUGAAAAAAUAUAUAGCAUAUUAAACGGGUGUCCAUCAGUUCAAGAAAUUACUAAACAACAAUGGAUCAAAUAUAUACGAGAAAAAUUAAGAGAUGACAAUAAAAUAUUUGCUCUACCUAGCAAAUCCGAAAUAGAAAACAUUUUACAAGAAAUUAUAAACAAAAAUAAAGAUAAAAAUGUCUUUGAUCCUAUCAGUAAUAUUAAAGAAGAUAAAUCAUAUGAUGGAAAAUUAGUAAAGUGGGAAAUAAAUAGCUGUGGAAAGGUCAUAAGAGCUCUAAAAUUCGAUUUAUCCAUAAACGAUUGGAAGUCUGUAGAUAAUGAAUGGAACUUUGAUUUGGUGAAAGUUUAUAGUUGUAACUUAAUGAAUAAUGAAGAUUUGGCUAUAAUUACAUCUAUUGGCUUUUUAAUUUUGUCAAUUUGGCUAAAAGAUCUAAAAGAUGAAAUAAGAUUGCGAUAUUACAAGGAAUUUUUAUAUCAAAAUGAAAUUGCUACACAUAAUGAAAUUGCUACAUUCACUAAAUUACGGCGUGACGAUAAAGGUUUUAAAUUUAAAUUUUUCAAGGAAUUUCCUAAUUCUGAUGAAAUUUCAAGUUUUACAAAAUUACGCCACACUGAAGAUUUUAUUUCUAAAAUGCAAAUUUACGAGGAUCAAAAUGAAAUCGAAAAAUUCACAACAUUAAUCCAUAUUAAAAAUUUAUAUCAUAUUAUAAGAACACAUAAAAGGAAUUCAUUGCCAGCACCGGAUUUUGAUUUGAUUAUUGCUGACCAAAACACUCUUAUGAAUAGAAGAUACCCUUUUAAAGAAUUGUUAGAUGAUUAUAGCGAAGAUGAUAUAACAAUGGCAUUAUAUGGACAGGAACUCUUAAAAUGUUACUUAAAGGAUAAAAAUUAUCUGAUGGCAGAGAAAUUAUGUAAUAAAAUAUUAAAGAAAACAGAUGAUGAUGACUUUUUAUCAAACAUUAAGUUAUUAAAUAUUAUUACCUUUUCAUUUAUAGAAUUAACACAAUUUCCACAAUUGUUAAAAAAAUUUUUAUCACAUACUUCAUUCAUUCUAUGUACUAAUAAGGAAACUGCAAUUGAAAAAUUGCCUUUCAAAUCACAUCUUCAAAGUCAUAUAAAAUAUUCACGACCUUUUUUCAUCAAUAGUAUUAAGCUUUUCAUUAGUGAUAUUAAAAAUUUUUUUAUGACUUUUAAUAAUACAUUUUCUAAAAAAACUGAUAUGGUUCAAACUGUUAUUUUAAUCUUUCCAUUACCAGAAUUUAAUUCUUAUCCUAGCAAUUAUAGUUUUUGGAAAGAAUUAAUAUUUCCUUAUCCAAGUCUUUUUGCAAAACACCAAUUUCCUGAACUUUAUAAGUAUUGGCACGUUGCUACUAUAGAAGAAUUACCUAACUAUACUCAGAAUCAGCUAUUAAUUUCAACUAUUAUCCUUGGAAUUCUACAUCUCACUUUCGAAAUUCGGCAAUUUAUUUAUUCUCCUUUAUCUUGGUUUGCUGAUAUUUGGAAUUAUUUUGGUGCAAUGCUAUUUCCUGUAUUGACUUCUAUUGAUUGGUUACAAUCCUCUACAACGCCUGUUUGGGCUGUUACAAUUUCUACUUUAUUACUUGAAUUUAAAUUUAUAACAUUCUUUCGUGCUAUUGAAUUUGGUGGUACUUAUUGG